AUGAGAACCGCUCUGUUAUUGGCUCUAGUGGUGGGCGUCUGCUCGGGAGAAGUUUAUCGACAGCCGCUGAUUCGUCGAGUCUCCUCGAUGACCCGCAUGAUCAAUAAAGGCACUUGGGGAGAUUUCGUUAGACGGAGAGACCACGAACGCGUCAAUAUUAAUCAGUUUGGCUCCUACCCACAAAAGGUUUACGACUAUCAGGACAUUGAAUACAUUGCGAAUAUCACGAUCGGCUGUCAUGCUAGUGUCUGCAACAAUAAGACAAAAUUCGACCAGAAGCAAUCAUCUACAUACCAGGUCAAUGGGCAGACCUGGAAUCUCGGAUUUGUAGCUGCCACAGCGAGCGGAUUCCUUGGUAUUGAUACAUUGAGAUUUGGAGGUACCACAGAGCAACAAUUAACUGUGCCGGUGACAACGUUUGGCCAAGCAACGAGUAUGUCCACCUACUACGACUACCAGGACUUCGAUGGACCUCUCGGAUUAGCUUUUCAGGCGCUGGCCACCGACAAUGUCAUGCCUCCACUGAUCAAUGCUAUCAAUCAGGGUCUUCUCGAUGCUCCUCUCUUCAGUGUCUAUCUAAUGCACAAUGGAGCUCAAAAUGGAAACGGAGGGGUGUUCACGUAUGGUGGAGUUGACAACAUCAAUUGUGGAGAUGUGAUCGCCUAUCAGCCGCUCUCUUCGGCUACCUACUUUCAAUUCAAGAUGGAUGGCAUCAAAACCGGAAGCUAUUCGAACAACAAGGGAUGGCAAGUCAACUCCGAUACGGGAACCUCAUUUAUUGGUGGGACACCAGCUGACGUGAAGGCCAUCGCCAAAGAGUUGGGCGCCGUCUGGGAUGAGAUGGAUCAACUAUACACGAUUGACUGCAAAGCACAGGCUUGGCUCACAUUGACGAUUGGGGGACGCGACUACACCAUCUCGGCUGCAAAUCUUAUCGUUCCGGGUGACAAAAACAACUGCUGGCUUGCCCUUUUCGAGUUGUCUUUUGGAGGAUUUGGUCCCGAAUGGAUUCUUGGCUACCCGUUCAUUCGUGAGUUCUGCAACAUCUACGAUAUUGGCCAGAAACGCAUCGGUUUCGCCCUCUCGAAGCAAAUC